GAGCGCCGCCGCAGACACAAGUCCGUGCCCGCGCUCGCCCCGCCGAUCAGCGCGGCCUCGCGCUGGGGGGCAGACCCCAGUGAGCCUCGCAACACCGAUGCGCGCGAGGGCGGGCCCGAGGUAUCGGAGUUCCAGCAGGCAAUGAGGACGUCGCCAUCGGAGGGGCAUCGCCGCCUUGAGCGCGGGCGGAGCUUCGCGGCGCCCAAUGACAGACCCGACACCCGCGCAGAGGCGAUUGCUGCCGCUGUGGCGCAUGGUGAACGCAUGAAGGAGGUUGAUCGCCAGAUUGCAGAGGAUGAAGCGGUCCUGAUGGCCGAGGUGCUGCCAGAUGACCGCGAGGUGCUGCCAGAUGACCGCGACUGGCAGCAUCUGGCAGCAGAUGAGGAGGAUUCAGGUGGCAAGUCCGAGCCCGCGGUGGAGGCUCUCGUCGAGGUCGUCGCGUCGGACAGCGCUUCCGAUACGGACGCCGUCCAGGGCAUCUCCGACGGGCAGCAGAUCGUCUCCGUGGCGGGGGGCAGCUCCGACGGGCAGCUGAGCGCCCAUGAGGCCGUCGCCCUGUCGCCGACCAGCGCCCCCCACUUGCGCAUCAUGGCGAGGCCAAAGCGUGCGGCUUCAAUGCCAUCAAUGCCGAACGAAACGCCUCCUUCCAAGAAGGCAAGGAUCGGGAUGAAGACGGCCGCCGAGCAAUGCAGUCCGAUCUACACGCCGACGCCGCCGUCCGACUACGACGCCUCGAUGGUGCACCCGCUGAAG